AUUCCAUUCUGUCGAGGAUCCCUCCUCUCCAUCACUGUAGGCUUCCAAUUUUUUGUGUAAGAAGCUCACCAAACCAUCCAUUCCCUGACUCCUGGCGACUUCGUGUUAGCCACCACGCUCUCUCCACCCUAUCUACCUUCUCUUAUUGAAUGGGAACAGAGACUACUCAACCGGAUGUCGAGGAAUCGACUGAGCCACCUCCUUGUGUUCCUAUUCCUCAAGGGACCACGAAGCAACCUGGAAAAGCCGUAGACCGUUCAGUUGGCCCCCUUCGUGAUCUGGACGAACGGGACAAGAAGCCAGGCACUCCAGAUAUCUCCUGCAGGGAUUCCUCCGUCUCCUGCUCACAGGUUGAGUGCAAGUGGGAGGAGCAAUACGAAUGUGCCCAUACUUUUACUCCCUCUCAGAUUGCCAGCAUCUUGGGCGUCGACUUGGAAAAUGGACUCAGCAGUGCCCAAGCGGCAUCUCGCCUCCAGCAAGAUGGCCUUAACAAGGUUAAGAGUGCAGAAGGGAUAUCCUUGUGGAAAAUUCUGUUAAGGCAGGUGUCGAACAGUCUGACUUUAGUCCUUGUGAUAACAAUGGCUCUGUCCUUUGGAAUCAAUGACUAUAUUGAAGGUGGAGUCAUCACAGCUGUAAUUCUCCUCAAUAUUAUCGUUGGAUUUUUUCAGGACUAUCGUGCAGAAAAGACAAUCAUGUCUCUUCAGGCACUCUCGGCGCCCGUAUGUAAAGUUCUCCGCAACGGACGGAUAGAUUCUGUAAAGGCAGAGACUCUUGUGGUUGGGGAUGUCAUCCAGCUCGCAGUCGGCGACAUGGUUCCUGCUGAUUUACGGCUAUUUGAAGGCAUCAACGCCUCAACUGAUGAAGCUCUUUUAACUGGCGAAUCAUUGCCUGUUUCAAAACAGCCUCAUGCUGUCUUUUCUACUCGUGAUAUGCCAGUUGGCGAUCGCACAAAUAUGGCAUAUUCCGGGAGUAUAAUGACUCGCGGUCGUGCUACCGGUGUGGUUGUCAGCACUGGAAUGAAGACUGAAGUUGGCAAAAUUGCUCAACUUCUCCGAGCUCAGCGACCUGAACAAGACGCAAAUAUCCUCGUCCGAAUAUGGGCCAGAUUCAAGAGAAGCUUGUUACUUGUUCUUGGGCUAAUUGGCACCCCUUUACAAGUGCAACUUAGCAAAUUCGCCCUCUUACUUUUCGGGCUGGCUAUCUUGCUAGCAAUCCUUGUUUUCUCGGCUAACAAAUGGAACAUUCAAGGCGAAGUCCUCAUUUAUGGUAUUUGUGUCGCUGUUGCUGUGAUUCCUGAGUCUCUCAUUGCAGUUCUGACCAUCACGAUUGCUGUUGGAACGAAGGAAAUGGCCAAAGGUAAUGUCAUUGUCAGAAAGCUUCAAGCUCUCGAAGCUGUUGGUGGAGUGACAAACAUCUGCUCCGACAAGACAGGGACUCUUACUCAAGGGAAAAUGAUUGCCCGUAAGGCCUGGAUUCCAGGCAUAGGGACACUGUCUGUACACGAUACAACCUGUCCAUUUGACCCGAGAAGCGGCUUCAUUCAAAUUAACAACUCCGUUAUCAACCCCGAUCAAUAUCCGCGUGACAAGGAUAGCCUAUUUACGAAGUUUCUGCAAACCAUUUCGCUCUGCAACCUAUCUUCUGUGUAUAAUCCUUCUGACAAAGUCUCUCUAGACAAUGCAUCUGUUGCGGACUCAAGCGACACCUGGACCGCUGUCGGAGAGCCCACAGAAAUAGCGCUUCACGUUCUCGCAAUACGGUUUAAUUCCGGAAAGCAGGUAAUGCUGCAGAGUCAACAAAUGGGGUUACUUGCAGAAUUCCCGUUUGACUCGUCUAUCAAGAGAAUGACGGUUGUUUAUCAAAGAAAGGACUGUCGGAAUGCUGAUGUGUUUACAAAAGGUGCUACAGAAUCCCUGUUGCCGCUACUAUCCAUAAACAAUAGCAUGAAAGAAGAAAUCCGUGCUGUGGUCGAUAGGCUCGCUGGAGAAGGACUCAGAGUACUUUGCGUUGCGCACAAAAUUAUCGAUCCAGACAACUUUACGCAGGUUUCAGACCGCGCAAGGGUAGAGACUAACCUAGACUUUGUCGGACUUGUUGGCUUAUACGAUCCCCCACGACUUGAAACCCCCGAAGCCGUGAGAAAAUGCCACAUGGCUGGAAUCACGGUGCAUAUGCUUACAGGAGAUCAUAUUCGGACGGCCACAGCUAUCGCAUAUGAAGUAGGUAUAUUGGGGACAGUGAUCCCAACUGCACAGGCGAGUACCGUGGUCAUGGCUGCGGAGGACUUUGACAAACUAUCAGACGCAGAGAUUGAUGCAAUGGAAGCAUUGCCGUUAGUUAUUGCUCGAUGCAGUCCCACAACGAAAGUUCGCAUGGUAGAGGCGAUGCAUAGACGGAAGGCAUUCUGUGUUAUGACCGGCGAUGGUGUUAAUGAUUCACCAGCUUUGAAACAUGCGGACGUCGGAAUUGCGAUGGGCAAAAAUGGAAGCGAUGUGGCAAAGGAUGCGGCAGAUAUGGUAUUGACGGAUGAUGAUUUUGCAUCUGUGGUCAAAGCUGUGGAAGAAGGACGACGUUUGUUCGAUAAUAUCCAGAAGUUUCUAAUGCAUUUAUUGAUAUCGAAUAUCGCCCAGGUCGUACUUCUGCUCAUUGCCCUAGCGUUUAAAGACGAGGAUGGCGACUCCGUUUUCCCGCUCUCUCCACUGGAGAUCCUCUGGGCAAAUCUCGUCACAUCCUCUUUCCUUGCCCUAGGCCUCGGCCUCGAGGAGGGUCAACCGGAUCUAAUGUUCCGCCCACCACAUAACCUCCACGUUGGCGUUUUCACCCGGGAGCUCAUCAUGGAUAAAACUAUCUACGGCGUUUUCAUGGGCAGCCUAUGUCUCGUGUCAUUCGUUUCCGUCGUCUACGGCGCCGGCGACGGCUAUCUGGGAGACAAUUGCAAUCAGGACUGGAACUCAACGUGCGACGUUGUGUUCCGCGCUCGUGCAACCACCUUUGCAACGCUAUCGUUUCUCCUCCUUGUCACGGCCUGGGAAGUAAAGCAUUUCUCCCGCUCGCUGUUCAACAUGGACCUCACUGGCCGCAAGGCCGGGUUGCUCUCAGUCUUCCCCACCCUGUGGAGGAAUCGCUUCUUGUUCUGGGCUGUUGCUGCGGGGUUCUUUAUCACGUUUCCUGUGGUUUAUCUCCCUACUGUGAACCGCUUGGUGUUCAAGCACCUGAGCAUUACAUGGGAAUGGGGGAUAGUAGUAGGUUGUGUGGUUGUUUACAUUAUGCUGAUUGAAAGUUGGAAGGCUGUUAAGCGGGCGUGUGGUAUCGGAAGUGGGAAGAAUAAAGUGUUUACGGCGGAGGAUGCGGAGGUGAGGGUUGGCCUGAUGCCGAUAUCCGGUCCGCUGGUGGAGUCGAGGGAGGAAACUAUGGAGAAGAAGUGA